GGGUGAGGGGAACUUCCAGUCUCGCCAGCAGAGGGCGCGCCCCCGCCCUCCGGACUCAGUAGGCUUCUAGGCUCCCAUGCUCGCUCCCGAGCGCGCCCCCGUCCGCCGCAUCACGUGAUGCGGCCACGGAACCUGAGCUGCAGGGCCUAAGCUGAGUUAAAUUCGUUGCCGGUGGCCGCUGUGGGUGCAACCACAAAGGCUAAUCCGAAGGAGUCGGGGAGUCCGUUAGAGUCGAUGCUUCCUCCUCGAAGUCAGGUCGGCUCCUGUUACCGUCUCACCAUUCGUUGCUCCUGUCUCUCUGAGCUUUUGCAUGAGCUCUUUCGUGUGGGGAAGCUCCAGUGACCAUGUAGGGGAAAAAAGCGAGGAAGCUCCGGUGCCCAGGACGAGGUCAACGCUGCCGGCACGCCGCCCGAGUGCCCUGAACACCCCGGGUACGGGCCACUGGGCCCGUGGGCCCUGGUGGGAACUCGGGCCUCCUGUUGUGGCCUGGCCCGGAGCGCCACGAAUUCUCGCCUCCUCUCGCGAGAGUCUAAGUUGAAGGAACAUGGCGACGUCUAAUCUGUUAAAGAAUAAAGGUUCUCUUCAGUUUGAAGACAAGUGGGAUUUCAUGCGUCCGAUUGUUUUGAAGCUUUUACGCCAAGAAUCUGUUACAAAACAACAGUGGUUUGAUCUGUUUUCGGAUGUGCAUGCGGUCUGUCUCUGGGAUGAUAAAGGCCCAGCAAAAAUUCAUCAGGCUUUAAAGGAAGAUAUCCUUGAGUUUAUUAAGCAAGCACAGGCACGAGUACUGAGCCAUCAAGAUGACACAGCUUUGCUAAAAGCAUAUAUUGUUGAAUGGAGAAAAUUCUUUACACAAUGUGAUAUUUUACCGAAACCUUUUUGUCAACUAGAGAUUACUUUAAUGGGUAAACAGGGCAGCAAUAAAAAGUCAAAUGUGGAAGACAGUAUUGUUCGAAAGCUCAUGCUUGAUACAUGGAAUGAAUCAAUUUUUUCAAACAUAAAAAACAGACUUCAAGAUAGUGCAAUGAAGCUGGUACAUGCUGAAAGAUUGGGAGAAGCUUUUGAUUCUCAGCUGGUCAUUGGAGUAAGAGAAUCCUAUGUUAACCUUUGUUCUAAUCCUGAAGAUAAGCUUCAGAUUUAUAGGGACAAUUUUGAGAAGGCAUAUUUGGAUUCAACAGAGAGAUUUUAUAGAACACAGGCACCCUCAUAUUUACAACAAAAUGGUGUACAGAAUUAUAUGAAAUAUGCAGAUGCUAAAUUAAAAGAAGAAGAAAAACGAGCACUACGUUAUUUAGAAACAAGACGAGAAUGCAACUCUGUUGAAGCACUCAUGGAAUGCUGUGUAAAUGCCCUGGUGACAUCAUUUAAAGAGACUAUCUUAGCGGAGUGCCAAGGCAUGAUCAAGCGAAAUGAAACUGAAAAGUUACAUUUAAUGUUUUCAUUGAUGGACAAAGUUCCUAAUGGGAUAGAGCCAAUGUUGAAAGAUUUGGAAGAACAUAUCAUUAGUGCUGGAUUGGCAGAUAUGGUAGCAGCUGCUGAAACUAUUACUACUGACUCUGAGAAAUAUGUUGAACAGUUGCUUACGCUAUUCAAUAGAUUUAGUAAACUUGUCAAAGAAGCUUUUCAGGAUGAUCCACGAUUUCUUACUGCAAGAGAUAAGGCGUAUAAAGCAGUUGUAAAUGAUGCUACUAUAUUUAAACUUGAAUUACCUUUGAAGCAAAAAGGAGUGGGAUUGAAAACUCAACCAGAAUCAAAAUGCCCUGAGUUGCUUGCCAAUUACUGUGACAUGUUGCUAAGAAAAACGCCAUUAAGCAAAAAACUAACUUCUGAAGAGAUUGAAGCAAAGCUUAAAGAAGUGCUCUUGGUACUUAAAUACGUACAAAACAAAGAUGUUUUUAUGAGGUAUCACAAAGCUCACUUGACACGACGUCUCAUAUUAGACAUCUCUGCCGAUAGUGAAAUUGAAGAAAAUAUGGUAGAGUGGCUAAGAGAAGUUGGUAUGCCAGCAGAUUAUGUAAACAAACUUGCUAGAAUGUUUCAGGACAUAAAAGUAUCUGAAGAUUUGAACCAAGCUUUUAAGGAAAUGCACAAAAAUAAUAAAUUGGCUUUACCAGCUGAUUCAGUUAAUAUAAAAAUUCUGAAUGCUGGUGCCUGGUCAAGAAGCUCUGAAAAAGUCUUUGUCUCGCUUCCUACUGAACUGGAGGAUUUGAUACCUGAAGUAGAAGAAUUUUACAAAAAAAAUCAUAGUGGUAGAAAACUACAUUGGCAUCAUCUCAUGUCAAAUGGAAUUAUAACAUUUAAGAAUGAAGUCGGUCAAUAUGAUUUGGAGGUUACCACGUUUCAGCUGGCUGUGUUGUUUGCAUGGAACCAAAGACCCAGAGAGAAAAUCAGCUUUGAAAAUCUAAAACUUGCAACUGAACUCCCUGAUGCUGAACUUAGAAGGACUUUAUGGUCUUUAGUAGCUUUCCCAAAGCUCAAACGGCAAGUUUUAUUGUACGAACCUCAAGUGAAUUCACCCAAAGACUUUACAGAAGGUACCCUCUUCUCAGUGAACCAGGAGUUCAGUUUAAUAAAAAAUGCAAAAGUUCAGAAAAGAGGAAAAAUCAACUUGAUUGGACGCUUGCAGCUCACUACAGAAAGGAUGAGAGAAGAAGAGAAUGAAGGAAUAGUGCAACUAAGAAUAUUAAGAACCCAGGAAGCUAUCAUACAAAUAAUGAAAAUGAGAAAGAAAAUUAGUAAUGCCCAACUUCAGACUGAAUUAGUAGAAAUUUUGAAAAACAUGUUCUUGCCACAAAAGAAAAUGAUAAAAGAGCAAAUAGAAUGGCUUAUAGAGCACAAAUACAUCAGAAGAGAUGAAUCCGAUAUCAACACUUUCAUAUAUAUGGCAUAAUUUUGAAUAUCAUGGACAUUAUUAAGAACCCAGAUUUUGGAGUGCUUGGGCAGAAAGUUACAAGUUUGAGCUGGAGAAAGGUUUUUUUGGACUUUGAUUACAUAAAUAUGAAAAUCUCUGCCUUACCUUACAAAGUGACUCUAUUUUGCCACUCACAUUAGUUAGCAUGAUGGCAUUCCCUUCAUGUUGCGCACUCUGUAACAGCAUGCUGUUUUGUGGAGAAACUUGCAUUCAUGAAGAGCCCAUUAUGAACUUUUAAAAGUAAAUUUGAUUUUUAUCCACCAGAAGAAAUACAGUUGGGAAGGGAGAGGGCGGGGUUCUUGUUGCUUUUUCCUCUCUUAAAAAAAUGUACUUGCACAAGGAAGGAUAUUCAGAUAUUCAUGCACUGAAAAAUGCUGUUAUCUUUUGUUUUUUAAAAAAUGCAAUUAAAACUAGAAGUAGCACUCUUGGCCUCUUUUGAUGAGAGUGAGCUGGUCAAUACAACAUUGGGAGAGGGCAGAUGUAGGUGAGAAGAUAAGUAUUUCAUAGUAUCCAAUUAUUAGUUCAAACACUGCUUCGGUAUGAUAACUGGAUUUUAAUGGUGACCUAAAAAAUGAUAUUAAAUAUUUCCAACUUACAAAUGUUGGUGUUCUUUAAGCAGAAGACUGCUGUUUUAGUUGUUUGUUAAAUGAUAAGGAAUUUUGGAAAAUCUUUUAUGGCUGGAGAGUUUGUUUUGAAAAAAAAUGAAGCUUAUAUUAAUUGUUGCUUCAGUUGUACAAAAGAAAUUUAUGGAGAGAAGUAGGUCAUUAUGACUACAGGGUCAGUACAGCAAAACAAACAUUAAGUGUGUCUGUCAUUAACACACUUAAUAUUUAUAUACCUAGUAUUUAUUAUGCCAUAUCUAAAUUUAUUGAACACAAUGCAGAAAUCUCCUGCUGUGAUAUAAUACAGUUAUGGAACGGAUCUCUCAAUCUGUAGCAUAGAACUAUUUUGGUAUCUUAAAGUCUCAUGAUUAGGGAUUUUUACAGCCUCAGGUUUCUGGAAAGAAAGACUUCUCUUUUAAAAAGUAAUAUCAGUCAUCUAGGAGAAGAAAAAAAAAACAUAAGACCUGAAAAGCAUAAGCAAAGUUAUUCCAGUCUUAAUAUGAGCAGUAUACUUGCCAAAUAUGUACAUAUAUAUUUAUAUAUUUUAAAAAUAAACAUUUUUAAAAUGUUCAGAAGGCAACACUUACCUUUUUACUUUCAGUCAAUCCAAAGCAGCAACUUAUUAGUUGCUGGCAACUGAAUACCCAGAGCAGUGCAAAUUUUAUGACUUGAGGACUGAACAACUGAGAAGAACAAAACUAUUUCCAUUGGGGAAAAAAUGGCUCAACAUGGAUUUUUAUUCAUUGUGGUGCACGUUUCGAAUUUUCUUACAAAUUAUUUUAUAUCUUUUUGAUGUUCAGUAAUAUUUAAAAGUAUGGUUUUGAAAAUGGUAGGAAAAGGAGUGCUGAAAGGCAUCCAGUAUUAUAUUAUAGCAGAGUGCUUUUAAGAGCAUUUCAUGGAAUCUUCCCUAUCCCAAGAAGCUUUAUGAGCUCCCCAAUGAAAA